UAAAUCACGAAGUUAGGAUGUGAUUGAGCCCUUGUAUAUAGCAACAUCGAUGUAACACCGUAUGGAGGUGCGCCUGACAGAGGCGGAAUCUACAGAUUAAGUAACAUGUAACGCCGGUAAUCAUCGGACAUGCUUCCUUCCCCAUACCAGGCGUUACCUUUCCAAUAUUUUGAUUACAGAUAUCUUUUUCUUAUUUUUGCUGAGACAAUAAUAAUAAGAUGCCAGAUUCACUUCAGAAAUGUUGGGAUGGAUUAAAGAAAAAGGUGUUGGAGUUUGAUCAGAAAUACCCAACAGCCCAUGUGAUUUGUCUUGCCUGGAUAGAUAACAGUAUCGUUUGUGAAGGUACUGAUAAAAUUAAAAAGACGUCACUAGAACCAAUAAAGGAGAAAUACAAAAACCGUCUAGCAGUGUGUACCUCUGCACCUGUUACACCUCGUCAUGAGAACCGUCUAGCAGUGUGUACCUCUGCAUCUGUAACACCUCGUCAUGAGAACCGUCUAGCAGUGUGUACCUCUGCAUCUGUAACACCUCGUCAUGAGAACCCUCUAGCAGUGUGUACCUCUGCAUCUGUAACACCUCGUCAUGAGAACCGUCUAGCAGUGUGUACCUCUGCAUCUGUAACACCUCGUCAUGAGAACCCUCUAGCAGUGUGUACCUCUGCAUCCGUAACACCUCGUCACGAGAACCGUGUAGCAGUGUGUACCUCUCCACCUUUGGCACAUCCUGAUGCUCAAGGUACCAAAGGUAAAGAUGCAGCUUCAUCCAAUCUACCUGUUCUGCAGUUGACGCUACAGGUUGUAAAUUCUCCAGCUACGAAUACUAAUGACAAACAGACCAAUGAUAAAAGUAACACCCCUGCUGUGGCACAGUUUAGUGUAUCUGCUCUGAAUACUUCAACAUUAUUUUCCAAGGAGAAGCCUGAUGAUCCAAAAAUCAUUUCUUCGCCACCAAGUCCAUUGGGUGUAAAUAAAUCACCGAUGCCAUGCAUAAUGCAGUUAAAACAUCUAGCUGCUAAUACUUCAACAAUAAAAACAAGAGGCAGAACAAAAAAGGAGAAAUAUAAUCAAAAGAAACAUUGUGUUCCGAUGGUGACACGGUCAUGUAAAUCUAAUGGAAAAUGUUCAACUGUCAAACCUACAGUAGGUAAUGUCAAGGAUAAAAACGACACAGAGACUUAUGGACAAAUGAAAAAUUCACCUACUUUGUCAACUAUAUCAGAUGGGGAGUGUUCAUCCACCAGAGAUCCAGGAAUUGGUACCAAGGAGAAAUAUACUCCGACAAAACCAAUUGCAGUUAUAACCCAGUCAAGUCCAUCUUGUUCAAAUAACUCAGAUCCUGAUAUUAUCAUACCUCUUGAGUCUAUUAAAACUGAAAGCAUUUUGGAAACCAGUCUUUCCGACGAAUACAAUUCAGCUGUUGAAAGUGAAGAGUUGUCCAGUUUUGAUGAAAAUAGAGAAGAAAAUGUAAAGAAAAAGAAACAAUCCUUAAGGUGUGAUUAUGGUGGAUGUGGAAAAGUGUUUACCUUGAAUAAAUACUUAAAAAGACACUUAUUAAUACAUUGUGGAAACAAGCCCUUCGUGUGUGACAUGUGUAAUAAAAGUUUCACAGUCAAGAGAUAUCUCAAAAGGCACAUGUUAACACACACAGAUGAUAAGAGUUACAAGUGUGAAGUGUGUGAUAAAAGGUUUAGUAACAAGGACAGUUUAAGACCUCACAUGAAGAUGCAUACUGGUGAUAGAGAUCACAUAUGUUAUGUAUGUGGUCAAGGGUUUUAUCAGAAACGAUAUAUGUUGAAACACUUUAAUCGUACACAUACUGGAAAUACAACUCAGUGUGACGUGUGUUGUCUGUGGAUUAGGAAUGAUAGAGUUCAGAAACACACAGAAUAUCACCUAUGUAAAAAUCAGUCCCCUGGGAAACUCAACCUUUCUAGAUCUGCAUUUGGAAGACCUGUCAACUCGAGUUCUUCUAAAGGAGAACAAUCUCCUGGGAAACUCAAUCUUUCUGGAUCUGCACUUGGAAGACUUGUCAACUCGAGAAAUCCAGAAGGAAAGAAAUCUGCAUCUUCUACAAACAUUGGGAUCAAGAAGAAGUAUUAUCAGAAUAAAUCGGCGUCGAAUCCAUCUAGUGCGAAAAGUAUUUCUUCAUUGUCAACAGGCAGUAUAACUGUUGAGAACUUUGAUCAAAGUAGUAUCAAUCUAGAUGUCAAUGUCACUCGACCAAUCGAUUCAGGUGUUGCUAUUUCAGACAUUCCUUUUACCACAGACCAGGCUCAUCCCUUUAAAAUUACUACAACGAAAACCUCAAACACAGUUUCAAAAAAUGUCAACUUUGAGGAUGAUUUAAAGUCGCAGGAGGCAGUGGAGAACUUUGAGGAUUCUUCUAUGAUGGAUGUCAACAAAUCUGAUACUGAAAUAGAUUUAGAGUUUCAGGAGGCAGUGGAGAACUUGGAGGAUUCUUCUAUGAUGGAUGUCAACAAAUCUGAGACUGAAAUGGAUUCAGAGUCGAAAGAGGCAGUUGAGGUAUUAGAAAGUCUUUUUGGAGUUUCACACACAGAUAUUUCAGAUUCAGACGUUAACGACUUAGAUGCUGCAUCUGGUGAGAAUAGUUCAGCUCCUGAAACAGGAAAAUCUGUGGCGUCCAUUAAGAUAGAACCAGUGUUAGAAACCAGUUAUUCAGACGAAGAACAUCCAGUCUCAUGCAGAAAAGAUGAAGAUUGGUCAAGUUCUGCUGGACCACAAGUAAAAGAAGAUGUAAAUAUAAAGAAGACUUUGAGGUGUGAUUAUGAAGGAUGUGGAAAAGAGUUUAAAGAGAAUAAGUAUUUUAGGAAACAUUUACAAACACAUUCUACAGUGAGGUCAUUUGUUUGUGCCGUGUGUGAUAAAGGUUUUACAGUAGGCAGAUACCUACAAAGACAUAUGCGUUUACACACAACAAGUAAAAACCUUUUCCAAUGUGAUGUCUGUGGGAAAGGGUUUAGGUUUAAGGAAAGUUUGAUACCUCAUAUGAGGAUACAUUCUGGUAAAAAAGAUCACGUCUGCAAGGUAUGUGGUAAAGGAUUUUAUGAUAAAAAAGACAUGGAGAGACACUUCAAACGACAACACACAGGAAACAAAACUCAGUGUGAAGUAUGCAGUCGUUGGAUUCUGAAUUCUAUGUUCCAAAAUCACCAUGCAAAGCACACUGGUAAAAAACUUCACCAAUGUAACGUUUGUAAUAAAAUGAUCUAUAAGAAAAGUGAUUUGGUGACACACAUGAGAACGCAUACUGGUGAAAGACGACAUCUUUGUGAUAUUUGUGGAAAAGGGUUUACUUCAGCCACCAGUCACAAAUAUCACAUGAGAACACACACAGGAGAAAAACCCUAUUCGUGUGACUUAUGUACUAAAACAUUUGUAAAUUCAACCGCUCUUAGAGCACAUCAAAGAACACACACUGGGGCGAGGCCUUACCUCUGCGAUUUAUGUGGAGACAAAUUUACACAGAAUGAAAGUCUUCGUAAACACAUGCGUGUUAUACAUAAAACAUUUCGAUGUAAUUUAUGCGACAAAGGAUUUAAUGUUGAAACAGAAUUUCAAAGACAUAUGGAAAAAUGUACACUCGAUAAAACACACAUAUGUCAAAAAUGCGGUAAGGGUUAUACACAGAAAAAUGGUCUAAAUAGACAUAUGAAAAUACACAAUAGGCAUGUGACAAUACACAAUACACAUGAAACAUGUGAAAGUGAACAAUGUAGUAAAGGUUUUACACAGAAAAAUGGUCAAAAUACACAUACGACAAUAGACAAUAGGCAUGAAAGUGGAAUGGCUACCUACACUUUGAUUAACGCUGAUGGCGUCUACACAACUACAAACGAUAUUACAGAUGUUGUUGUUGCUGAAAGACCUACAGAUGAGGAUUCGGUGGUGUAUUUUUCUCAGGAAUAUGUUAUAGAAACAACAGGUUUAUAGAACUUUUAAACAUUAAAGAUAUGAAACAAUGUUAGUUUGAAUUCCGUGUUUACUACAGCUAAUGCGGACGUCGCCAUUUCCAAUAAGCUUUUAUGGACUAUAUGAAUCAUGACAUUAAAUGUCAAUGAGAUGAUUUUUUAUAUAACAAAUAGAUACAUAAACAUAAUGUACUAUGAAAGUUAUAGGGAGAGCCAGAGGUACAAAUUCACAGAUGUCAGAACUGAUUGUGUGAAAGUUGUCAGAAUUUUAACUGUUAUAUUUGAAAACUGUAAUUGAACAAAUUUUGUUAAGUUGAAUGGUACAAUAAAAUUAAAAUUAUGCCUAUGUUAAUGCAUGUACAUGAUAUCAUAUCUAAAAUAGUAUAUAUAUAAUAUUAUAAAGUAUAUUUUGUGUUCAGUUGGAUUGUGUUAAUAUUUGUUUCUGUGUCAAUUCUUACUUCAAUGAUUAGUGGCUAUUUCAUGUGUAUGGCAGAGAAGUAAUUCUUGCUGCACUCAAUUCAACUAAAACUCGUGUUUUUAUUUGAGCUUUUGUCUAAAGCUUAGUCUUUGUUCUGAACUUUUUUCCGUCUUUCCGAGCCUACCUUCUCCUCAAUGGGCAUAACGUGGCAUCCAAAAACAAAUGCUCAGAAAUCUUAUCAGCUAAGCAUAGUGAUGCACCAAACAUGUAAACUUGUCUUUUCCCCAGUGUAUUUCGCGAUUUUUUUCAAGGAAAGGAUAUGAAGAGGAGAGGUCUCUUCUAAUAUAUUUCAAGAUGUUUUGAACUGCGACAUGGUUAUGAACACCUGUAAUAACU